AUGUGCCAACACUGCCUCCGCCACAAUGAGGUAUGCAGGACGCGGCUUCAUUCUCACUACCUUUGCUACCCGCCCGCCCCCCUCUCUCUCUCUCUCCCAUCCCCCUCCUUCCAUUCUCUCGCUCUCCACGCACACAGUGCAGCAUCAGCCUUGUUGAAGCACCUGGUGUCGUCAGCGCGUUUACAGCCCGACCACCCGGGUGUGCGUGUGCUUGGGAUGCAGUGUAGAGUCAUACCAUACAUGAGGCGAGCCAUAGCGGCAUCCGCGGUGCUUCUCCCUUUUGUGUCGUUGCAUGGUCACCAAGGUCGCUCCUAUAGCUCGCCAGGGUACACUGUGUACACCAACGGUACACCUGAUCCGCGAUCGCCGGGGCUGCUGCCUUGGUCAGCGGCACUUUCCCAUCACAUCCCGUCAGAGGACACGCCGUACGGCGGUGGCAGCCGUGCGGCCACACAUGCGGACGACAGCGGCGAGUCGCGUGAUGGAGAGGGCCUUACAGAGGCGGACCUCAAUCCACCGCAGAUGCCCUCCCCGCAGCAGUACGAAAAUUAUGGUGAGUACCUCAACGCCUAUGACCAGUACUUGAAGGACACAACGCAGUUCUUGGCCUCGGCGCGCGCCUUUCUGCAGAAGCAACUGCGCCACCUCCGCCACGCACACGCCGGCCUCGCCGAGGCGGUGCGCCGGGAGUAUUUCUGGACGUUUGUUCCCUUUAUCUGCGCCCUCUGUGUGCAUGUGGUAGACUCGCAGCAUCACGUGAACGCCCGAAUCACCCGCGAGCGUCUCAAGCAGCGGGCCAAGGAGCAUGUAAAGAACGUCAAGUGGGUUUCCGUGUAA